GAUGAAGAUAUUGAUUGUGAAUAUAAAUAGAGACAAAAAAUCAACAAUGAGUAUUUAUUUUGAUUGUUGUUUCUUUCAUAAUUAGUAAAUUGUUUAUUCAAUUUUAAGAAUGGAUUAUCAUCCACUCAAAAUGAUCAUUUUAAUGUUAAUUUUAGUUGGUUUAACUAACGGUAAAAGUAUCGCACCUUUGACAAAUGAAAUGAUUAAUUAUAUCAAUACAUUGAAUACAACAUGGAAGGCUGGUAAAAAUUUUCAUGAUUCCUCGUAUGAUUAUGUGAAAAAAUUAGCUGGCACACUAAUUGAAACUGGGCAAUUGAUUAAACCGAAAAAUUAUCAAAUUAAAAACAAUGAGAAUCAGAUUGAUAUUGAUUUACCUGAACAUUUCGAUGCUCGUAAAGUUUGGCCUAAUUGUGAUUCCAUUGCAACAAUUAGGGAUCAAGGAGCUUGUGGGUCAUGUUGGGCUGUUAAUACAGUCUCGGUAAUGUCCGAUCGACUUUGUAUCAAAUCAAAUGGUACAAUUAACGUCCAACUAUCAGCGGAAGAAGUGAUCAGUUGCUGUGAUUACUGUGGUGGUGGUUGUAGAAACGGCUACCCAAUUAUGGCCUUCGAUUAUUGGACUGAAUAUGGUAUCGUUACCGGUGGUCAGUAUCAGGGUGACGGUUGUUUACCUUAUUCAAUACCACCCUGUAGUCACAGUGUUAACGGAUCUGCGUCUUCGUGUGAGGAAAUAGGACUUUCGAUGACUCCAUCUUGUUCACAAGAGUGUAUUUCUGGUUAUGAUAGAAAAUUUGAUUCUGAUAAAUUUUUCGGACAAAAAUCUUAUUCGUUUUUUGAACCUUACGAUAUAAUGGUCGAGAUAAUGACCAAUGGUCCAGUUGCUGCGAGCAUGUUGAUAUAUUCCGAUUUUUACAAUUAUAAAUCAGGUGUUUAUCAACAUGAAACUGGUGAAAGGCUUGGUCAUCAUACUGUCAAGUUAAUUGGUUGGGGUAAUGAUCAAGGUGUUGAUUAUUGGUUAGCUGCUAAUUCCUGGAAUACCGAUUGGGGUGAUGAAGGUUUCUUCAAAAUUAAACGUGGUGAAGAUGAAUGUGAAAUUGAAACUGAUGUAAUGGCUUCACUACCAAAACAUUGGAUUAUUAAUGGAAGUGUAAUUAAAAUGGAAACGUUAAUUGUUUUAUUGAUUAUCUUUGGGGUUUCAUCUGGUAAAAGUUUUGAAUUGUCAAGUGAAUUAAUUGAUUAUAUCAACUCAUUAGGAACAACAUGGAAGGCAGGUAAAAACUUUGAAGGUUACUCAUUGAGCUUCGUUGACAAUUUAGUCGGAACCUUAGAGGAACCAAAGGAAUCAAUCAAAUCAAAAUCCAAUCAAAUUAACAACAAUGAGAAUCAGAUUGACAUUGAUUUACCUGAACAUUUCGAUGCUCGUGAAGUUUGGCCUAAUUGUGAUUCAAUUGCAACAAUUAGGGAUCAAGGAGCUUGUGGAUCAUGUUGGGCAGUUAGUACAGUCUCUGUAAUGUCCGAUCGACUUUGUAUCAAAUCAAAUGGUACAAUUAACGUCCAAUUAUCAUCAGCAGAAGUGAUGAGUUGUUGUGGGUCAAAUUGUGGACUUGGAUGUCAAGGUGGUCGUCCUAAAGAAGCUUAUAAAUACUGGAUUGACCAAGGUAUCGUCACCGGUGGUCAGUAUCAGGGUGGUGGGUGUUUACCUUAUCCUAUUCCACCUUGUGAACAUCAUAUCAAUGGAUCUCGACCUUCAUGUCAACAAUUAGGCAAAUCAGAGACUCCACCCUGUUCAAGACAAUGUAUCUCAGGUAAUAAUUUUACUUGUGACAAAUAUUAUGGGUCAAAAGUUUACUCGGUCAAAGGUACUUUCCAAAUAAUGAACGAAAUACUGACCAAUGGUCCAGUUUCAGCUCAAAUGCGCGUUGCAGAUGAUUUUUACAGUUACAAAUCAGGUGUUUAUCAAUAUACUAUUGGUGAACCUCAUGGAUUUCAUUCUGUCAAGUUAAUUGGUUGGGGUAAUGAUCAAGGUGUUGAUUAUUGGUUAGCUGCUAAUUCCUGGAAUACUGAUUGGGGUGAUGACGGUUACUUCAAAAUUAAACGAGGCACUGAUGAGUGUAGGAUUGAAAGUGGUGUUGUUGCAGCUUUGCCUAAACUUUAAUUGUUAACAAUUAACUGAUUUGAUUGAUAAUAAAUUUGAUUAAUUUGCUUU